AUGCAGAAUGAGUGUGCGGUGCUGUUCAGUAACGUGUCUCGGAGAGUGUUUCAGUGCUGUCACAGGGCAUUCAUACGACGUACUCAGAAGUUUCUCGCCACCCAGUACUCAGCCAACACAACACCACUACACGCCACCAGUCCGCCACAAACACACCACCACUACACGCCUCCAGGCCGCCACAAGCACACCACCACUACACGCCACCAGGCCGUCACAAACACACCACCACUACACGCCACCAGGCCGCCACAAGCACACCACCACUACACGCCACCAGGCCGCCACAAGCACACCACCACUACACGCCACCAGGCCAUCACAAACACACCACCACUACACGCCUCCAGGCCGCCACAAGCACACCACCACUACACGCCACCAGGCCGCCACAAGCACACCACCACUACACGCCACCAGGCCGCCACAAGCACACCACCACUACACGCCACCAGGCCGCCACAAGCACACCACCACUACACGCCACCAGGCCGCCACAAGCACACCACCACUACACGCCACCAGGCCAUCACAAACACACCACCACUACACGCCUCCAGGCCGCCACAAGCACACCACCACUACACGCCUCCAGGCCGCCACAAACCCACCACCACUACACGCCACCAGGCCGCCACAAGCACACCACCACUACACGCCACCAGGCCGCCACAAACACACCACCACUACACGCCACCAGGCCGCCACAAACACACCACCACUACACGCCACCAGGCCGCCACAAACACACCACCACUACACGCCACCAGGCCGUCACAAACACACCACCACUACACGCCACCAGGCCGCCACAAGCACACCACCACUACACGCCACCAGGCCGUCACAAACACACCACCACUACACGCCACCAGGCCGCCACAAGCACACCACCACUACACGCCACCAGGCCGCCACAAGCACACCACCACUACACGCCACCAGGCCGCCACAAACACACCACCACUACACGCCACCAGGCCGCCACAAGCACACCACCACUACACGCCACCAGGCCGCCACAAGCACACCACCACUACACGCCACCAGGCCGCCACAAGCACACCACCACUACACGCCUCCAGGCCGCCACAAGCACACCACCACUACACGCCUCCAGGCCGCCACAAGCACACCACCACUACACGCCACCAGGCCGCCACAAGCACACCACCACUACACGCCUCCAGGCCGCCACAAGCACACCACAGCUGA